CUCGCCUGCCGGGAGAACUUCACUGAGAACCAUGUCACUCUCAUCUGUCCUUUCCGCUGAUGCCAUCGACAGUGCACUCAAGGACUGUCAAGCUCCUGACUCCUUCAACCCCAAAAAGUUCUUCCAGCUGUGCGGUCUGACAAAGAAAAGCCCUCAGGAAGUGAAGAAUGUCUUUAACAUCUUGGACAACGAUGCCAGCGGAUUCAUCGAGGAGGAAGAACUCAAGUUUUUCUUGCAGCGGUUCUCACCUGGAGCUCGUGUACUGACCGAUAAAGAGACAAAGGGUUUCCUAUCGGCUGCUGAUGAUGACAGCGAUGGCAAGAUCGGAGCAGAUGAAUUCCAGGCGAUGGUUCUGUCCUGAAUGAUCAGUACACAUCUCUCCCCUCUCUUGUACUCAGAUUUCAUUUCAAUUCAGCAGUCCCGCCACUCGAUACACAGGUGUUUUUGCUCCCGGGGACCCCCUGGUCAAUAGAGUCCACACAAGGCAGACGCAUACAGUACACACUGCAGUUUUUAUUUGAUUUUUGAAUAAUGUAGAG